UGUGAUUUACUUGAGGUUUUGAAAAUUGUUAGUUUGUUAGUGUUUUCUGCUUUAUACUUACUGAGUGUUCUACAUUUGUUUGCAAAACCAGUUGAGCUGAAACCAACCUUAAGAUUCAGUAAGUCACAAGAAUCAAAUUCAUCAAUUUCACUGUACUUGUUGAUUUGGGAAGAUUCUUUUUCCAGUUAUUAUCAUCAGCAUCAUAAUCAGUCAAGUGAUAGAAUUGUCUUGGAAAUAUCGCAGGUUGUUAAAACUGUACUAUUCAAAUACUGGUUAAAUUGGGUUUCCAUAAUUGCAUUUAGAAGCUCAAGACUUUUGUUGUUGACUUUGAUGAAAGCAAUUACUUAACUCUAAAGUCUGUCUUCUGCAUGCAUGCCUUCCUGUGUUUCCCCCUAUUGUAUAAAUCAAACUUUAUUAUUUUACUAUUCUUCAUAGAUUUUAGAGCUGGAUAAACAGUAAAACUUAGUGCUCAGUUAUAUUAUCAUAUGAUAAGAUAAUUUUAAAAUAAAGAUAAAAUAAUAUAUAAUAAUAUAUUAUUGGAGCAUUCAGUUAGUUCCUUAAAAUUGGUGGUACCUAUGAAACACCUCUUUGAAGCCUGAUUUCAGCUCUUUCAACUAGGAUUGAGUUAACAUUGAGAAUUUUAUUUGUCCAAGUAAGCCUCAAAAAACAAACAUUGGGGAUUACUUCCACUACCAACCGUCCGAUUAGAAUCUUAAACUUCAAUCCAACGACCAAAGCAUAAUAAUACCAAAGCCAAAAGAAGACAAAUUCAUUAAUCAUCCACCCAUUUUUGGCUGAAAUGGGGAAAAGUGCCAUGAAUAAUAUGAAAUGGCCGACUAUCAAUCAGGUGAGUAAGAAGCUGAGAUUUAGGGUUUAGAGACAAAAUCUCUGCAUGCUUCCUCAACUAUUUUUGUUUUUGUCCAAAUGGGUUGAUUAGUUUAUUGGAUUAGAGUUAAUCAUAAGUAAUCAUAAAUUCGAAAAAGGGUUUUGAGAAUCUUAAGUAAUAUAACGUUUACCAUUUUAUUUCUUGAACAAUUAAAAUAUUUUAGGAAAUUAUCAGAAACUCUUGCUUGUUAGGAUGAAGUACAAUUUAAAUAAUAAAUUGUUCAAAUUUAAGCAUAUUUAAGAUAAUUCAAUAUCCUUAAAAUUUGAAAAAUAUUAUCACUUGAAAUUAAAAUUCAAGUUCUACUAAAAAAUUAAUAAAUACCCCGUGCAGUGCGGCGAUCAAUAUAGGAGGCUGCCCAAAAUAUUCCUCAUGAAUAAUCCCUAGGUGCAUCAACUUUCAAACUCUUCUUUCCUCUCUUAUCUUUCUCUCUCAGUAUUUCUCGUUAUUCUUAACCCAAUUAUAUAAACCCCUUUAAUCUCUAUCCCCUCCAACUCUUGCUCUUUCUCCUUCAUCAUGCUCUCCAUAUAAAUCCCUACUCGCAAACAUGUAUUAUUUAGGAUUUUUUUCUGCUUUUUUAGCUGGUUUGAGUUGGGUCUAUCUGUAGGUUUGGUUAGUAGUUUAGGUGAAGCUUUUCAUGAUCUUCUUCAUAAUCUCAUCUGGGUUUGUGUGAAACUGACUGGUGGGUUGGUAAUGAAGUUUGAGUUUAUCACAGUUAAAUUUACUGUGUCUUUUGAAGAGUAAUUUACAAUAUUGAAAAGGUUUUGCUUUUAAAGACUCUAGGUGUAGUCAAAUUUAGCAGCUCUAAAGUUCUUUCCUUUUUUUUCUUAGUUUUUUUCCUUAUAAGUCAAAUGGCUCCAUCUGAAAGAAUUACAAGAGCAAGAGCAAGAGCAAGAUUAUCAGCAUCAGCAGCACCAAAGGCAACAAGAAAUACUCAAAACAAGAAGAAGCUGCAGCAGCAAAUUAAGGAACUUCAAAAAGCAUCCGAUGAUUUUUCAAAGAAUAUUAAUAUUGAUGAAGAUCAUCAUCUUGAUUCUUCAAGUGGGUUCUCAACACCAAAGGCUGAGAGAUACAGAAUACCAGAGAUUGUGACAUGCCCACCAGCUCCAAAGAAGCCAAGAGCUGUCUCUAACAUCUCCUCACUGCAAAGAGCUCCUAUUGCCUUCUUUGCUCCUCCUGAUUUAGAGCUCUUCUUCUACUUUGCUCUAUGAUUCCAAGAGUUUUAAACGAUAUCAACAUAAUAUUCUUCGAUUUCAUUGUUGAAGUAUAUUUAUCUUUUCUUUUACCAGAAUUAAUAAUAGGGUAUACUAAUUAUCAUCAGUAUUUUUAGGUUUUUUUGUUCUUGUUAAUGUAUUGCUGACAUUUGGAGAGUGCAAAAUUACUGUAAUUUUAUCCAGGGUGGACUGUUUGAGGUUUGUUUUUUUUAUAUAUGAAGCAGAAAAUUAAUGAGAAAUAAAAGAUUUGAUAAAGCAUAUGCUUCUUCUGCUUCUUAACAUUAUUAUUCUAUUUUUGGUAGGGCUCAGUGAUUAUGCAUGGAAUCUUUAUCAACAAUGUCAACAAAACAAGGUGAAAACACAGUGGAAAAUGAGAGAAAAUGGUGAGAAGAAAGGAGUUGUUUGGAUAAGUAGGAAAGUGAGGAUGUGUCAGAAAUCAGAAUGAUAUCAGUGUCUCCAACCUCAUUCACUCCUGCAGCAGCAGCAGGAGCAUCAAUUAGAGAAUCCGAUGAAACCACUCGUGCGGGUUCCGAUCAUUAUCACAUAUUUACAAUCUGAAGACAAAUUAUUUAUUAUUAUUUUCUCACUUUACUUCAUAAUUAUAAUUAUACUUCAAUUUUAGUUCUUAAUUAUAUUCAUUUAUUUCUCAGUUAUUCCUUCUAAUUGUUUCAAAGUUAAUGUAUACUUAAAAUGUGAUUUAAAAG